AAGGGAGCAAACGCGAGUCCGAGGGCCUCUGGGGAAAAAUCCAGUUUCAGGCUCGGGGGGGGGGGGCCACGGAGAAGUCUGCUCUGCGACAAAAUUAAGCGGCAAAAAAGCGUUUGUGGCUAAGAGACAGACCGGAGUGUGCUCAUUUUUCACUUUAGCGGUAAGAAUUCCACAGCUUGAGCAAAUUGUGUCCCGACUCGCCCGCGGUUGCUUCUGUUGCGCAACGGAAAACGGGAUGGAUUCCAUCUUUGUUUGCUCCCCAUAAAACAAACAGCGCAGACUCGGGUGUGGCGCCUGCAAGCGUGCAUACAUUUUUGUUGAAGGGGGGGUUACAGAUGACUGACUGAGGGUGGAGACUUUCCCACUGAAAAGGGCGUUGUCCCAACUUCUCCUCCCCCUCCACUCUUCCUCCUUUUCCCCCCAUUUUGGGACUCGAGAGCACCUACAGGUCGUCUCAGCAGCCAGCAUGACGGAAUCCGCCGAAGCCGUGGCCGCCGACGUGACCAGCCGGAGGAGCGUCACCAUCGAGAUCACCAAUCUGACCAACAACUACUGCCUCAUUAACCCCAAGGUGCACCUGGAGAGCGGGGAGGCGUACAACCCGCCCCAGCCCACGGUGCGCCCGCUGAAGACGGAGGUGUGCACCUUCACCAAGUCCAGCAGCUCGGCGACGGGCAGCGUGGGCGUCCUCACCUACGACCUCUUCGAGAGGUCCCAGAAGGACUUCAUCGAGACGGUGGCCGUCAUGUUCUCCGUGCCGUGGGACUACAACCUGUACAAGAACUGGUUCGCCGCGGGCAUCUACAAGAAGGGCGUCAAGUGCGACAAGGACCUGUUCAAGCAGAUGUACAACGAGAAGAAGCAGCGCGAGCACGGCUUCGUGCGCGAGGAGGCCACGGGCGCCGGAAUCAACUACGUGGGCAACUACCUGGAUAUCAAGGCCACCAUGAGCCCGCUGGGCAAAGCCGUCAUGAAGGUGGAGGUGUGGGACAAGCUGUUCACGCGCAUGGGCUAGCCGGACCGCCGGGCUCCGCGGCGCCGCGUCUGGCGCGUGCCUCGAAAUCGAGCCCUUCUACCCUCUUUCAAUAAAUUUGCUUCAGAUCA